AUGACUCAGGGGACGCCAUCCGUCUUCUCGGCCCUCGACAAUGCCAAGACCCAGCUCUACCACUUCAAAGCGAUCGUGAUCGCCGGCAUGGGCUUCUUCACCGAUGCCUAUGACCUCUUCUGCAUCAGCGCCCUCGUAAAGCUCCUCGGCCGCCUCUACUACUACGACCCUACCACCGGCAAGCCCGGCAAGCUCCCGGACGACGUCAGCAACGCCAUCCAGGGGGUCGCCCUCUGCGGCACCUUCGCAGGCCAGCUCUUCUUUGGCUGGCUCGGCGACCGCCUCGGCCGCAAAAAGGUCUACGGCAUCACCCUCGUCACUAUGGUCGGGUGCGCCAUCGCCUCGGGCCUCUCCUUUGGCUCCACCGCCCGCUCCGUCAUCGGCUGCCUGUGCUUCUUCCGCUUCUGGCUCGGCUUUGGCAUCGGUGGCGACUACCCCUUGUCCGCCGUCAUUAUGUCGGAGUAUGCAAACCAGCGGACGCGCGGCGGCUUCAUCGCGGCGGUGUUUGCGAUGCAGGGCGUCGGGAUCCUCGUCGCAGGGGCGGUAUCGAUGGCGGUGUCCAAAUUCUUCCUCCUCGCCUACAAUCCGCCGGCUUUUCAGGACAACCAAGUGCUGUCGACCCCGCCGCAGGCGGACUUCGUGUGGCGGAUCGUGCUCAUGCUCGGGGCGGUCCCGGCGGCCCUCACCUACUACUGGCGGAUGAAGAUGCCGGAGACGGCGAGGUUCACCGCGCUCGUGGAAGGCGACCACAAGAAGGCAGCCGCCGACAUGAUGAAGGUCCUCGACACCGACAUACCCGUGGAGGAGACCAAGAGGAACCCCGAGAACUCCUACGGAUUGUUCUCCGUGGAGUUCGUGCGUAGACAUGGAAGGCAUCUCAUCGGGACUUCGACUACAUGGUUCUUGCUGGACAUCGCCUUCUACACCGGCAACCUCGCACAGAAGGAUAUCUUCUCCUCGGCUGGUCUCGUGCCGAAGGCGCCAGCAAUGAACGCGAUCACGGAGGUGUACAAGAUAGCCAGGGCCAUGUCCUUGGUGGCGUUGUUCGGGACCGUGCCUGGUUACUGGUUCACGGUGUUCCUCAUCGACAAGAUAGGCCGCUUCGUGAUCCAGCUCGGGGGGUUCCUUAUGAUGUCGUUGUUUAUGGCGAUCAUCGGGUUCCGUUACUCCAAUCUCCGGGGAGAAACAUGCAAGACCAGCAAGACCGGGUUCUGCCACGGGCACCCGCAUGAGUUCAUGGUACUCUAUGCGCUGACCUUCUUCUUUGCUAACUUCGGGCCUAAUAGCACCACGUUCAUCGUGCCGGCCGAGCUGUUCCCCGCGAGGUUCAGGUCGACGUGCCACGGGAUCUCGGCGGCAUCGGGGAAGGCGGGGGCGAUCCUGGCGGCCUUCCUGGUGCAGAGAUUCACGCUGGACGAGGACCCCCACAAGAUCAAGAAGGCGAUAAUCGGACUGGCGGUGGUGAAUUUUCUAGGGUUCUUGUUUACGUUCAUGGUGCCGGAGACCAAAGGGAAGUCGCUGGAGGAGAUAUCCGGGGAGGACGGAGACUUCGGGAAGGGCGGCGAAGGACAGAACGGGCUUCACAGCGAUGGCAUGGUUUGA